AUAGAUUGGUUUUCAUGUACGAAGUCCCGCAUGUGUUUUGACUAAUGUUCACUAACAUUCACAUCCCUUUAAAACUGAAACCGUUCUUUGAUACGGAUAACAGAGAGAUGGAUUUGUUGACAAGCUCCUUGCUAUGUCUGCUCUUCACUUGGUUCCUGCUUCAGGCUUUCAACUCAUUUAGAAAUGGACGUAAAUCAAGCCAACGCAAGCUCCCACCUGGUCCUUGGCCUAAGCCAAUCGUCGGCAAUCUCUUCGAUCUUGGGGAUAAACCCCACAGAUCAUUGGCUAAGCUUGCUCAGAUUCAUGGCCCCGUUAUGAGUCUUAAACUUGGCAGCAUACUCACCAUCGUCGUUUCAUCGGAAACAACUGCAAAAGAGAUUCUUCAGAAACAGGACCUCACAUUCUGUAACCGAACCAUUGUGGAUGCUGUUAGAGCCAGCCAACAUUAUGAAGUUGGGCUGCCAUGGAUACCUGUGUCCCCACUUUGGAGAACUCUUCGCAAAGUCUGUAAGACCCAUAUUUUCGCUAGUAUUAAGCUUGACGCCAAUGAAUACUUGCGUCAGAACAAGAUUCAGGAACUGAUUGCUAAUGUUGGCGAAAGUUGCCUUAAAGGUGAAGCCGUCAACAUAGGCCAAGUUGCUUUUGAUACUACCAUUAAUUUGUUGUCCAACACUGUCUUUUCAAUGGAUUUGGUUGACCCAAACUCAUCUAUUGCUCGAGAAUUCAAGAAAACAGUUAGGGGGAUGAUGGAUGAGGUAGGGACGCCUAAUUUGGCAGAUUUUUUCCCUUUUCUUAGAAAGAUUGAUCCACAAGGAGUAAGGCGUCGGAUGACUGUUCGUUACGAGAAUUUGCUUAAUUUUUUUGGAAAUAUAUUUGAUGAAAGAUUGCAAUCAAGAAAAUCCCAAGAUUAUAUGGCAUCAAAUGAUGUUUUGGAUACUCUUCUUCAUAUUAUUGAAGACGAUAUUGAGGAGCUUAAUAAAAAUCAUGUCAUACAUUUAUUUUUGGUUUUAUUUGUUGCUGGAACCGAUACAACAUCAAGCACAUUAGAGUGGGCAAUGGCGGAAUUACUUCAGAACCCACAAGUUUUACUUAAAGCCAAGAAAGAACUAAACCAAGCAAUCGAAAAAGGGAAACCUAUCGAGGAAUCAGACAUAAAUCAUUUACCAUAUUUGCAAGCAAUCAUCAAAGAAACCUUCCGAAUGCACCCGGUUGUCCCAUUGUUACUCCCUCGCAGAGCUGGCUCCGAUGCGGAACUUUGUGGUUUCAAAGUUCCAAAGGGUUCACAAGUGUUAGUUAACGUGUGGGCCAUUGGUAGAGAUCCAAGCAUUUGGAAAAACCCUAAUAGUUUCAUGCCGGAGAGGUUUUUGGGGUCUGAAAUUGAUGUCAAAGGUAGGGAUUUUGGGCUGAUUCCAUUCGGCGCUGGACGACGAAUAUGCCCAGGAUUACCUUUGGCGAAUCGAAUGCUGCAUUUGAUGUUAGGGUCUCUUAUAAACUCCUUUGAUUGGAAACUUGAAGGUGGGAUCUCGCCAAAUGAGAUAAAUAUGGAGGAGAAGUUAGCCAUCACAGUUCAAAUGGCGGAACCUUUGCAGGCAAUACCUGUUCUUGUUUGAGAAUUCAGUUCAAAUACAUUUUCUAGUCUUUAGACACCACUGUUAAUUUUCAGACAAAUGAUAAAAAAAUUAUUAUGUUUUUUUUUAUGAAAAUUUUAUAUGUUCUUAUCA